AUGGCCGCAUCUCGCAUGGCAUGGUGGAGGCUUUCCACAUUCGCUGUAUUUGUGGCCCUCCCAGUGUUACUGUCUUGGCUUCCUCUUUCCAGCGCCUGGCAAGAGUUUCAGGUGCGGGCCAUACCGAAACGGGAAAGUUUAUCCAAAGAGCCGCUGGCACAGCUGAUUGCCUCUGCCACUUCUUCUUUGGCAUCGGGAGGACACUGUCCUAAGCCCACCCGCGUUGUUGUGACACUUUCAACUUUCGAGGGACGCCUGGGAAGGCUGAAGGGGACGGUAGCAUCCCUGUCAGCUCAGAGCUGCAUGCCUGACGCAAUUUACAUCUUCCUGAGCCGAAGGCCUCGGACAAAACGCACCGGCGCAGGCUUCGGUGGCCACGGUGAUGGUGUGGACACGACCGAGGCGUUGGAGUCCCUCCGUGAUUUGAGCGACCGCGUUAUCGUCCGCUUUACCGACGAGGACUGGGGUCCCGGCACGAAGCUUCUGGCGGCGCUGAAGGUCGAGGAGGACCCAAACACCUGGCUCAUCACCGUGGACGACGACACGACAUAUCAUCAGGACACUGUCUUGGCUUUGGUCUUAGCUGCAAGUGCCUUGCCGAGCCAUGCCGCUCCAGGUUUCUGGUGCGAGGAGGCACGAGCCACCGGUGUCGCUUCCGAUCAAAUCCAAUGGCAGACUCUUGAAAUCAUGUCCGAUGCAACAGAGGGCACUGUGCACGGAUGGUGCGGUGGCUUUGCAGGGGUGCUAUUCAAGCGCUGGUUUUUUGACGAGACCGUCUUCAACUUUGCUGAUGCGCCAGAUGGCUGCGCGGUGCAUGACGACGUGUGGUUUGGCGGCCAUCUCUUGAGUAAGGGGAACACUCCAUAUCUGAUCAAUGCCGGCUUCUUUUCUGCCCAAGAUGGCCCUUCGACGCCGGAGGAUCGGCAAGAUUUCAGCAUCAAUGUGAUCAACCGACAGCUGAAAGCCAGUGGCAAAGAUCCUCAAGAGCAAUGUGCUGCAUGGUUCUCGGCUUUCCGUGGACAGCAGUUCUCGAGGCCCUCUGUGUUCACGCAUCCGAGCGUACGAGCUCCGAAUGGAGAAGAUCUUUGGGUUCUGAAGAACUUUUUCCAGUCGGAUGCGCUUUCCAGUGGACCGAUGCCACGUUCUGGGAAGUUUGUGGAGCUGGGAGCCUCAGACGGUUUGACGAACACCAGCACCUACUUCUUGGAGAAGGAGCUCGGCUGGCAUGGCAUCCAGAUCCUCCCCGAGUCUUCCGAAGCUCAAAUCGCGCAGUUGACGGCCAACCGCCCAAAGAGUGUGAGCCUUCAAGGGGUUCUCUGCGGCCAGAAUGCAGCGGCAGCAGACCCUCCGUGCCGCUCUCUGCAGCAGCUGCUUCAGGAGGGAGGACUGCACCGGCACCGUGUGAACUACCUCGUGGCGAAUUUGGGGGGAUCCGAGCUCGAGGCGUUCCUGAGAGUUCUGGCGCAGCUUCCUUUCAAAGACGUGGACGUCGACCUGGUUCAAGUGGGUGUCAAACUACCUGACCCAAUCCUCUCUGGAAAAGGGUGCAAGUUCGCAGCAGAUCUGCGCCGAAACUUGGCCGCCAAGAUGGGAUUCGCAAUCCUAGAAUUCAACGACACAUCUGCGGGUACAACCGAAGGUGCACAGAAGGACCACACGCAGCAGCUCAUAGAAUUAAUGGAGCGCAAUGGUUACAGCCUAGCUGGUGUGCUGCUGGUGGACGUCGGAACAGACUUGUACAGUCUCACAGACAACGACCGGGCAGUCAGAAGAGGAGCCAUAGUCAAGCUCGUUCCGGCCUCGGCAGAAUUCCGAAGUGCAGACUACGUUUUGUCACCUGUGCAGAACUACUCGGAGGAAAUGGUGUUGAAGCUGCAAGACAGUUGGGUCGAAUACAGCCUCGGUAAGGACAAGGCACUGCUGAGCAGUCGUGCGCUUACCCGCAGCAAGGCCUCGCCAGAGUAUGUCAGAAGAGUCUUUCUGGAGGAGCUGCACAAGUUCGCCGAUCAGGGUGAGAAGUGUCGCGAAGUUUCGCUGUCAAUGACGCUACGCUUUGCAGAUCUGUUGCCGGUGCAAGAUCUGGAGAAUGUUCUCCCGCUGUUGCUGGCGGCUCUGCUAGGCAGAUUUAGAAGCCACCCUUUUCCUGAGCAGAGCGAAGAGUUGCGGCUCGAGGCGUUGCGACUUCUGAGCCACCUCUUCGAUCUCUGCAAGGAGCGGCUCAGUCCUUUUGCGAGCGACGUCCUGGAUGCACUCUCAAAGGCUUUGACGGACACCUGCCCUGACGCAAAGAAGGAGUGCUGCGAGAUCACUAAGAAGGUGAGCCAGUACUUUGAGGCAGAGCGAGUCAGCCGUGCAUGUGGUCCUCUUGUGGGGUCGCUUCUGGCCAACCUGAAACAUCAGCAGUGGAAGGUGAGAAGAGCAACGCUUGAGAGCAUCGGUGCCUUGCUUUUGCAAGAAGCUCCAAUGAUGGACCACAUGGAGGACAUACUCCCACAUCUCAAUGCACUUCUUGGCGACAGGACACCUGGCGUCCGGCAAAGCCUCGCAGAAACUCUGGAAAGGUGGCUGCUGAAAGGCUUGAGCUUUCGAGCUCCAUUGGUCAGCAACUUGAAUGAUGAUGGGCCGGAAGGUUUCGACAAGUUCGAACCACGGUUGCUUCUUCUCCUACUAGGCGUUUGUUCGGAUGAAGAGGCUGAACAGGUUGGUGCAGUUGCUUUUGGUGGUCUUGAGCGCGUGGCUGCGUUAAAGCACGAGGUGCUGCUCAAGCGGGCGCAGAGAGAGCGAGAGCGGGAGGAAGCCAAGCAAAAAGCGAAGGAGGCAAGGGAGAACAAGGCUGGCUACAGCGAGGAUCCCGACAACACCACGGUCCUGGAGGAGAAGGUCAACCAGAAGUGCAAAGACCCCGAGGUCGCACCCGCCUUUGACUAUACUUCUGUGUUGCCACUUCUGCCACAGCCAUUCGCAGCCGGACGGCUGCCAGCAGCUUUGACCACCACCUAUGUGAGAUAUCAUCUGGCAAGCGUCCUUCCUCAGGUGUUGGCGAACCUGACGCAGUGGACAACAGAUAUCCGGGAAGCAGCGGCCAGACUACUGCAAGUGCUGCUGGUCAUCACCAAUCAGCAAGUUGCGCCUUUUCUGGAUGGUGUGCUGGUGCACUUGUACAAGGCCCAGGCUGACGAUGAUCAGAAAGUGGCCAAGGCCGCGCUGCUGAGCGCGAGCAUGGUUGGUGUCUUCAUUGAUGCGGAGCUGGUACUGGAAGUAGUGGGCAGGCACCUGGGCCUCAAACACGAAGGCGGACAGCGCAAGGGCACAUCCUUUGACGAGCUGUGGCCGCAAGACAAGCAAGGUCGCCAAACGACGCGAACGGUUCAGGACGUACUGGCAGGGGUCAAGAACUUUGCUGCGAUGACUGCCGAGUCGCGACGGCAAGUUUUCAUGGUGCUCGCGAGGUUGAUACAUCCGUGCACUGGCACUGACGAUUUCUGCCGUCGCCUGAAGCCCAAGGAAGUCAAGCUGGCCCUGCGCUUCUUGGAGGAGGGCAUUCACAGCGAGUUGCUGACAUCUGUACUUGGUGCCACGGAAUCCUUGCUGAAAGCAGGCAGGGAGGCGUGCAUAGAAGACUGGCCACGGAUUUUCGACCUGCUCCUGCGGAUGAAGAGCAGUGAGGAGUGCAAUGCGCAGAUCGUGGAUGCAAACAUUGAGCACUUGUCGCAGCUCCUGGGUAGGUCGCGCCGGCAGCUUUACGAGGAGCAUCUGAGGACUCGUCUCGCCGACCUUCUGCAGGGAGGAGAGGCCGUGUUGUGGGAGGACGCAAGCCCAAACCGUCACGUCUUGGAGACCUUGCUCAGAAAUGCUGGUCCAGCAGUUGCGGAUCAUGUUGGGGGCCUGGUGCCAGUGCUGGCACGUCAGGCGAGCCCGGAGGAUGCCAGCGCUACGGCUCGCGUCGACCUUUUGGGCUUGGUCCACUUCCUGGUGAACGAAGAGGACGAAGCUCUGGCUAGCGCCCUCAAAGCACAUGCUCUACCGUUGCUCGACGGCGUCUUGCUGCCAAACUGCUCUUGGAGGCCUGGACAGUCCAACGGUAAAAUUCGAAGAGGUGCCAUGGUUUGUGUCCAUUCACUUCUCCGACGCCAUCUUGUGCCUUCUGCAGUUCUCAACGAGGUCUUCGUUGACUUGAUGCCAAUCCUCAAGGGCUGCCUUGACGACAGCUGGUCGCCAGACAACCGCAUGAUCGCCUGCUUGGUGCUCUCGUGCACCCUUGCAGACUUGCAGGCCGAGAUCAACGGAGAGCAACUCCGAGAGGUCUACCCAGAACUUCUGAAGCGGCUGGAUGACUCGAACGACAAGAUCCGGGUUGCAGUGUGCGAGGCGCUGGACGUAUUCUUCAAAUGCCUUCCACAAAAUUGGAGCCGCACUUUGUACGAGUACAUCCUCCGCAAUCUCUUCGUCCACUUGGAUGAUCCUAACCCAGAGAUUCAGCAGGGCAUCUAUGCGGUGCUUCAAGCAGCUGCUCCCCAGGAUACGGCAACGUUCCUUAAGGAGGCUCAAACCGCUUCUGCGAAAAGCGCGCACCCGCGCCUGUGUGAAGAGCUGGUCCGAUUGGCCGAGGGGUUCCGGGCGCCGGGUUGCCAACUGCUAGCAGCUGCAUGGCUUCGUCGAAUUUCGCUGCAAGUUUGCGUGAUCGGCAAGAAGACCUUGCCUGUGCAUGUUAGUGUCAGAUGGACGGGUGCCAUACAUGGCAGUCCUCGAGGCGGUCAUUUCUUGACCUCGCAAAGCCCCCUCCUAGAAAUGACCGCCGGCUAUUUCAUCACCGUUGUCACCUGCAUGGGCAAAAAGACCGAUGCAGGCCUCAACUUCAGCAAGCCGAACCCUCCCUCCGCCCUCCCUGCAGUGGUGCACUUUCCAAAAGGCGAUUGGCUCGAAGGCUUGGCGCCUGAGCCCUUUUCGAUACCGAGAAUGCAGAUCACAAUGCCUCUCGUGCUGCAAGCAGACGACGGUGCAAUAAAUGAGGGGAAAGCCGUGGUUCUGGGGGACAUUGUGGGUGACGAUCGCUGGGACUUCCCUGACCAUCAAGCCCAGUGGAAAGCUGAGCUGGACACCGAGUCUUGCCAGGCGACGAUCGACUUCAACGUCCCCGGAAAGCCAAAUCCACCUCCCGUGAAUUUGUUGAUGACGCUUUGGCUAGCCACGAGUGACGAAGCCUCUGCCGGACAAGCGAAAGCAACCUUCGAGUUUACAGAUCCCAGUGGCAAGUUGGCUUCGCCGCACAUGCCGCUGAACUCUUGGCUUUCCUUGGGUACGCCACAGGUCGUCAAGGCAAUCUCCUGCCCAGAAAGCUUGAAGGCAGUCUAUGCAGACAUGCACGACGGUGACAAGAAGGCCGUGGACAUCAAGGAAGGCAAGAUGACCAUCCGACCUAGCGGAAACAAUCAGACAUGGGUUGUUAUUGCCGAUGUGGACGACCGUUGCACUGCCGAAGUGGACUUCAACGUGCCAGGCAAACCCUCUCCGCCGCCUGUGCCUUUGGAGCUAAAGCUCUGGCACCUUCAGUCCAGCAGCUUCCAGAAAACAUCCUUUGAGUUUUCGGAUCCCAGCGGGACUCUUGCACCACCGGGCAUUCCUUUGAACGCCUGGUUGGAAAUUCCUUCCAGGCAGAGUGCACUUCUUUUCUAG